AUGCCUUGCCAACCAGAACAGAAACCUUUACCGGUGCCCAGUUUGCAGAAGGUACCGGAGUUUUACGACGAUGAAGUUGAAGAACCGACGGGACUGGCCAACAUCGCCGAAACACUCGAAAAGCUCCGUGAAGAUCCACUGGUGCGAGAGCAGAAUCUGAAGCAGAUGCGUGAUUGGAUCGCAAAGCAUCCACACAUUCGACGAUGCCGUACGGACGCCCGGUUCCUGCUACGAUUUCUGCGUGCCAAGAAGUAUUCCUUCCUGCGGGCGUCACAGACACUCGAGGCCUAUUUGGCUACCCGCAUGAUCCAUCCUGGUUGGUUUCAACGACUCGACAUACGCGAUCCCGAGCUGAGUCAGCUGGCGGACAUUGGUUUCAAUUAUCCACUGCUGGACCGUACCGCCGAUGGGUGUAUAGUGACGAUGACCGAUUGGGGUCUGCUGGAUCCAAAGCGCUACAAUAUCGAACACAGUCACCGGAUGCACAUCCUGCUGGCAGAGGCCUACUCCGAUGAUUCGUUAGUGCAGUGUGCCGGUGGGUUCAUGAUUUUUGAUAUGCAGCACGUGACGCUCGCCCAUCAGAGCAUCGUUUCGCUCAUCGCGCUCAAACAGUGGGCCAAGUUCGUCAACAAUGGGUUACCGCUCCGGUGUCAGGGUUUGUACGCCGUCAAUAUACCACCCGUGGCAAUGUGGUUUGUGAGUGCGAUGGUGGGCUUUUUAAGCGACAAAAUCCGGAAACGUUUCGCGGUAUUCCGCGAUUUCGACGAGUUCACCAAAGAACUGAGCAUCGAUCGCCAGAUGCUGCCAAAGGAGUACGGUGGCAAGAUACCGAAAAGUGAGCACAUGAAAGCAUUCCGGGAGCAGUGUGAGCUAUACCGGGACAGGCUGUUGACCUUGGAGAAGAUGGAUAUCGAUCUGGAUCACAACAAGGCCUACUCACGGCAUGCUAUGCUCGAUGAUGUGGCCGGUGGUGCCAUUGGCAGCUUCCGAAAGCUUGCAGUGGACUAAGGGUUCACGGGCAAAGGACCGUUUUAACUAAACAUACC